UACGCACCCUAAAUUGUCAACUCUCUUCUUCGUCUCUGUAAAACCUUACACGCACCAAAACCGCCGCUACCUCCCCUCUUGUCUCUGAUCAGUCUAGGUCUCUCCUCACCGACGGACGGUAAGUGAGGUUUCUGGUUUCUAGCAGCAGUCGAGUGUUCCGGUUACGUAGCAUUAGAUGCCUCGAACGACUACAGUUGAGUGUUCUGGUUGCCCUCCGCUUCGAGCUCUAACAUUCGAUUCUCUCGGUCUUAUCAAAGUUGUUGAAGCUCGUGAUAAGCAAGGAGAGGUUCCUAAGGUGGUUGAUAGAUGGGGUGAUCCGGAUUCCUCCAAAUGUGUUCUUGCCGCUUCUUUUGAUGACAGCAGAUCAAACCCGUUGUUGGCGGUUGCAAGAAGAAGUGGUGAGGUUGAGAUUCUCAAUCCUCUUAAUGGAGAUGUCCAUGUGGCAAUUUCUGCUGCCAGUAAUCCUGAUAUUCGAUCUAAUGAUGAUGCUAUUGUUGGCUUGCAUCUGUUCAAAAGGCAACAGCUAGAGCAAGAACGAAGGACCUGCAACAUAUUUACAUGUACAGCAAAAGGAAAUGCAAGCUUGAGGUGCAUUGAUGUUGCUGAUUUACAUGCUGAGUCUUCAUCUAUUGGCUCUGUGAAAAUGUGGAAAGUAUGUAACACUGGCAACAUCUUAUGCUCAAAAGUAGAUAGCACUGAUAAGUUUGCGUUAUUUGGAGGGAAGAGUGUGGAAGUUAAUGUCUGGGAUCUUGAAAAAUGUUCUAAGAUAUGGACCGCAAAACCUACUGCCAAGAACAACCUUGGUAUUUUUACUCCUACUUGGUUUACGUCUGCAACAUUCCUGAGUAAAGAUGAUCACCGUAAGUUUGUUGCUGGUACCAACAGCCAUCAGGUUCGUGUUUAUGACAUUUCUGCUCAGCGAAGACCUGUUAUAUCAUUUGAUUUUCGGGAGACGACUAUUAAAGCAAUUGCUGAAGAUCUAGAUGGCUAUACGAUAUAUGUGGGAAAUGGGUCUGGAGACCUUGCUUCUUUUGACACCCGCACAGGGAAAUUGUUGGGAUGUUUUUUGGGUAAGUGCUCAGGAAGCAUCAGAUCAAUAGUUAGGCACUCAGAACAUCCAGUAAUAGCAUCAUGUGGUUUGGACAGCUAUUUGCGCUUUUGGGAUAUAAAUUCAAGGCAGCUUCUUUCUGCGGUUUUCUUGAAGCAGCAUCUUAAUGCUGUUGUUCUUUGUUCCAGCUUUGGAGUUGAAGAACUUGCACAGCCCACAGAAAAUUCAUUGUUAAGCACUGCCGAUAUCCAAAUUGAAGAUCAAAUAGAAACAUUGGCUGUCAGAAGAAAGAAAUUUAGAGAAGAAGAAGGAUGCAAAAAGAAACCUCGCAAGAAUAAUGUAGAAGCCAAGAAUCAAAAGUCAAAGAAAAGAAGCAAAAAGGUAAAAGCUGAGAUUUGUGACGAUUAACUGUGAUCAAUCUGAGUGUGAUGGAAAUGACCAUGUGAAGGAUACACCCAAAUGACCCGAGCAUGUGGUACAACCUGCAGUUGCUUUACUUGCUACAGAGAAUUUUGAAAGAGCCGUAGGAGACUACUCAAUUUUGGUUAUGUGCUUUUGUAGUAAGUUAACAGAGAGACCAAUAUAGAAGCAAAA